AGGAUAUUUGUGUGAUUUUUGUUUGGUUGUCUCCUUGAUCAUGGCAAGUGGUUACUACAAUAGAAGCAAUGAGUGGCAAAUAGUGCCGGGGUCUUCGUGUGCUGUGAUGGAGGUGGACGACAAUAGACCGGGCAAAAGGAAGUUCGGUGACGCCGAUGGUCCUGCCGCCGCCGAGUUUGCCGCUGGGAUUUCCAGUGUAGUGAGUAGCUGCAGUAGCGCCAGUACGUGCUCAUCACCGAUGGCCUUGUGUGGAGAGCAGCAGCAGCAGCACCAGGAAGUGGAGGAGAAUGUGAAACGGGUGCGGACGGGCGAAGCGCCUGAGAGCGCACACAGGAACCCCUACGAGGUGAUAAAUGCAAUGCUUCGCUCCGCUAAUGAUGAUAAGCAGCGCAGAGCUGAGGAGGCGGCAGAGUGCGAGAGGCUGCGAGUAGAACAGUACUGGGUACAGCACAAUCGAUGGCUCCAGCAUAACUUCAGUGAUCUCCGGCAGAGCAAUGGUCAUCAUUGAGGACGCUCUCCUCAUCGUAGCGCAUCUGGUGUUAUACUGUAUCAUCCUUCUUAUACGUCUUGCACACACUCGCAUUCUCUCAAUUUAUACGCUGGUAACUACCUGUAUUUUCAGUGAGUAGUCUACGUUGAGAUCUGUAAUCGGGAAUAAAGACGUUCGCUGAAACGACAAACUCUCUCUUAU